UUUAAAUGGUUAUUUACAAAUGUUAUUAAAUUAAUAAAAACGUUUUAAAUGCUAAAACACGUCCGUACAAGUCGAUACCUAAUACCUAUGAUCGAACCACGCAAUGGUCGGUAUUCCGACGCUUCGCAAAGUCGAUCUAUCGACGUUUCGCGCUCAAAGGCUUAAAUAUAUUUCGACAACGAUGAGUAAUCUGUAACAGUCUCAUCUUUAUUCUUUACGUAUUCUUCUAUUCCACACAGAAGUUUCAUCGCGUACUAUAAUUAAACAGUGACUUCCUCGAAAUGCUAACAUUUUCUCGUGAAUCCAGUCGGUUAGUCGCCGCGUUGUGUUUGCUCACAACUGACGCCGCCUCAGGACCCGACGCGAGUGUUCUAGGAUAAUACGAGAACAACAUUAGGGUUCUUCUGUUCCGGCCAGUGACAAAUUUCGAAGUUAUUCGGGCAAGUUCGAACAAACUAAUUAUACAAGAUAAGGACAUGCCAAUGCAGUGUGUGCCCGCGACGCGUUUAGUUCUAAAUUUGAACUUGGAAUUUUUUUGAAUUCGGCAUCCCCCUUGUGGACCACAGACAGUGAUACAGUGUUUUUUUUUUUUUGACAAUAGUGUUGCGUGAUUAAUGAUUGUAAAACGGAUGAAAGAAAAUGGGGAAAAAGAAGAAAAAUAACACGAAGAAGGCUGGCAACAGAUUCUUUCGUUGGAUUAGAAGUGACCUCGCUGAUGAGGAAGAUAAGAAGUCUCCGGUGCUCCUUUUAGGGGUGAAUAAGAUCUCCGACUCGCCGUACGUAAGGAGGAGAUCGAUAGAACCUCAUUCGUCGGGCUCUAUAAGAUUCUUCAGACCGCCCAAGUCCAAAUACACAAGGGGCCAGCACGGUGAUGAGAGACUGGAACAGAUAAGGAAGGACCUCCUCGUUCACAAGAAUAAACCGGACAGCUACAUUCCGAAGGUCGAGCACGAGAUCUUCGUUGAGCAGGAGGAGAAGUGCUCAAAGCUGAGCUGCGUCGGCAAUUGCAUCUGCGAUCGGAAGAAGAGCUCCAAUCGCGGCUCUUUCUCGUUCCACAGACCCGACCAACUCCUUCCCAAUUACCAACCACAAUGUAGGGACUACUCUGAGAACGAGAUAGAAUACAAAUACACAGAACACAUUCCACUAAACCAGCCGUCGAGUAGUAAGCAGAGUUAUAACGUCACCCCUAAAUCAACGGAAAGAAGACACUUCCUACUCGCGAACCUUAACGAGAGAUUCAGAAAGACUCUGAGCUUGGACUCCCGCAAGGACACGAGGGUGCUAAGUCUGCCCCAAGAAAACCGACCUAAAUCAUUCAUAAAUACGAGCAACAUUUGCGUGCAACAAUUCAAAUCGGGCGACCCCUUCAUCCCGACGAAUUUUAACAAGGGCAGCCAACCUAAGAAAAAGCGGAAGUCGUUUUUUUCGCUAGACACGUUUUUCGAUACGAAAAAGUCGGACACGUCAUCCGUUGACGAUUUUUGCUCGUCCAAAUAUAAAAGAUUCGAACUCGAGAGCGAUGACUCGCCUGUAUUCAGACGCGACGAUCACAAACGGGUGAAGACGCCCGAUUUGCUAAACCUACCGGUCAUCAUUGAUUCGGUUAAGAAAAAGCAUUCCGAAACACGAAGACAGCUGGAGAAGCUAGAGAACUAUUACGUGAAAAACUUAAAUAAAACCCAAGCGGUCGUAGAUGCGGUUCCGAAGGACGCAACCGAUGUCCAAGGGCCGAGCGGACACGCCAAUCACGUCUACAUAGACGACGAGGACGUGGAAUACAUUGAGCCGAUACGCAGCAACUUCACAAGCCAAAGCACUUUGAUCCUGGACAAAAACAUUCCUAUACCAGACCCCGCAAAUAUAUCCGAUGCCGAAAAUCAUAUAACCGUAUCACAUAAUGACAGAAAUGACAUUGACAGUAUAGGACAUUACGAAAUCGAAGUUAAGAAAUCAGAUUUAAUAAAGAAUCGGGUCGCGGAUUUAAUUGUUAAAGUGAUGGAUAAGUCGGUGGAUUCUAUAGGUAGUUGUUCGUUGGACGUGGAUGCCAGCACGGAUUUCUCAGAUACAACAUCGGGUAGUCUGAAUCUCCUAACUCCAUCGUCUACCACAAGUCGAGUGAGAGACUUCACAUCCCGCAUACAAGAGCGGGCCGGCUCGAAUCUACAACAAAACUACUUGACCCCAACCCCGGUGGUCACCCCAAUCAGGACCCCAGAGGAGACCACACCGACUCCUAGGAAAUCUGAGCAUCUCCUGAAACCACCCCCAAAAGUUCACGUCGACUCGUCAAGUCAUCGAUCCCGUGGACAACACAAACGUAGAGACGACCUGCCCCAAAAGAAACCAAGCUACUUGAACCUAGCCUGUUCCGUAAAUGGCUAUACCAACUUAACGACCUACGACUCGAAACUAAGGCAAGACAUAAACAAGAGCCGGGAAGCGUCACCAAUCCGACCGAUAACAUACACAUAUCAGUAUAGAAGCGAAAAUAAUUCACUCUUGGUACCCGUGCCGGUCAGCGCGAACAAACUGCUCGUCCCCACCUUCGGGCCUCAUGAUACAACCGAUUUGACGGCGAAAGCGCCUUCCAAGGCGCACACUGAUCCGUCGCUGGCAACAUCGACCCUCCAUGUGUAUAUGGCCGCUGAAAACAAACAGUUGAAAGACGAUUUUCUGGGCCCCGACAUGACGACCACAAGCCGCCCUUACAUAUCGACAGAGAGCAAGAACUUUGCUACCUCGAUGCUCCAUCAGAAAGACGAAUUGGACAAUGCAAAGGAGAUCACCUUCAAAUCGAGCUAUUCCGAGACGAAUUUCCGGAAGACUGUGACCAGUAACGGCAAGGACUCUAGGUUUACAUCGGAAUCUUACACGAUAUCGUCGAACGGGAUGUCGAAGAGGGUCGAAAUAACGAAAGAGAAUGGAGAAAAGUUGACGAGUCCCAUGAAAAGCUUCAUUCAACAACGGGUCGAGAGGUUGUACGGCCCCGGAGCUUUAGCCCAGGGGUUUUUUAACCAGAAAAGAUUGAAAAGUCAAAGUGAAGACGAUGAUUCGAAGGUAUUGACAGAGAAAUCUCUAAAUUGUCCGGAAUACUCGGUAAGGAAACUAAACAAGAGCUUUGAUGACGCCUACACUAGUCCAAAUGGGAAUUUAGAUUCUAGCGUCUCUCUUCCUGUGCUCAGGCACCUGAGACCCGAAUUUCGGGCCCAAUUACCAAUACAUUCACCAAAAAAGAGUGUUAAAGCUGAACUAUCGCCGCAGAAAUUAGAAGAAGACAUUCCACGACUGGACACGAAGACUGAACUCAGCGAAGUGGUGACGAACGGUGUAUCUGUGAUAAAAAUUGAUGAUUCCUUGAAUAACGAUGCUGUCAACGGCAAGGAAAUCAAUGGGGAGGCAGUCAAAGAUGCCUAUUACUUUUUGGAUCUCGAGAAGAAGGAGACUGAGAGGUUAUUGGCAUUGUCUGCCAGUGCUGAAAAGGAAUUGGAGAAUUUACAGGAUAAAGACGUGAGUGAAGAAGUACUUGGCCUGCUACGGGCCGCCUCCGGAAAGGCCAGACUCCUGGCCACGCAGAAGAUGCAACAGUUCGAAGGACUAUGCUAUAACAAUAUCAACGAGAGACAAGACGAGCCCUUCCCGACCACAGUCGAAGACCUCCAGGGCUUCUGGGACAUGGUGUGUCUGCAGGUCAGGAACGUGGACGCCCUGUACAGGCAUUUGGACGAGCUGAAACAGAACAACUGGGUCGAGGUGUCCCCGCCCCCCUCCCGGCCGGCGAGCGUCCCGGCGGCGCGCCCCCGCCCCCGCGCCCCGCCCGCCGCCCUCAACGAGAAGGCGAGACUAGCGGCCGAGAAACGAGAGGCCGACAGAAAGGCCAUGCUUGAACACAGAAGGCGCGUCGCCCGCGAGCGUCAACUGGCGGCCCGAGCCUCCACCUCCGCGAGCCAGAGCCAAAGCGACGUGCCCGUCGAAGGCAGUCAGGAAGUGGAAAUCUUUGUCGGAAAAACACCCAAGACACAGGCGCCGACGGGGGACUGCACUAGUGCUACUGAGCAAAGCUGAUUGCACUAACUAUAUAGAACACAAUAAUAAUCAAAUAAAAUUUAAAAUAUUUUUAAAGAGAACAUAGCUUGAUUAGUUACUAAGAAAUUUACUUUCUCGGUUACAUUACAAACAGAUUUUGCAAAGGUUACAUACAAAUUUCAUGCAUUUUCUAAUGUUUUAAAUUUCUUCUCAAGAUAUUGUUCCCUUUAAAAGACUAUUCAGGAUUUUAGUACAGAAAGGGCUUAUUUCGAUUUUUUCGAAGCAACCUUAUCAAUUACGUGUUCGAAAAAUUAUUGUCUGACAAAAUUAAUUCAAUCACUAUGAAUUUGAUGAAUCUGAAAGUUGUAUACCUACAAUUAUAUGCUAAAACAAUUUAUUACAAAGCUCACAUUGUAACAUAGUAUCCAUAUAUCAUAAGGUACAGGAUUAUUAUGCAUUAAAUAAAUAUACACAUAUAUAUAAAAAUCGCUUUGAAACGUAUAAGAUUAUUUAAAAAAUAAUUAAUUAAAUAGAGACGCCAUUGCGUUAAUAAUGGAGAAAAUAAAAAUGACAGAUCUAAAUCCGAAUUUUCCUAUUAAAAGCAUUGUAUAUUUAUUUUAAAUUAACUUAGUAUAGGAUAUGCUCUAUUGAAUAAAAACGCGAAUCAGAUUUUCUUAAAUUGUGUAAUAAUUAAAAUUAAGUAAAGAAAAAUUCUGGUAACAUUAGCGCAGACUGCAAUAUUUCAUUAUUAACUGAAAGUAAAUGAGAAACAAUUUGAUAUGUAUUGUUUGGUUGUAAAGAACUUUGUGAGAAUAUAAAGAAUGAAUAAUGAAUAAAAUGAAUGUCAAAAUUUCAUGUUUAUCCAUUUCUUGUGUGAAUGUCCAGUGAUAUAUUAUUGUAAUGUUUGUAUUGACGGAUGUUUGUAAAAAUGUAUGGUUUUUUUAAUGAUUAUUACAAAUUUAAUGAAUUAUGAUACUCAAAGCAUUAACUAUGUAAAUCGUAUUUUUAACUUGUCCAUUUACUCUUUUUUUUCUGAAUAAAUUAUUGUUUAAUUGAAAA